CAGCACCGCCCUCCAGGCUCGAAGCUCCGGUCUACCAUGGCUCCCAAAGGCGGCUCCAAGCAGCAGUCCGAGGAGGAUUUGCUUCUGCAGGAUUUCAGCCGCAACCUCUCGGCCAAGUCCUCCGCUCUCUUCUUCGGGAAUGCCUUUAUCGUGUCCGCCAUCCCCAUCUGGUUAUAUUGGCGAAUAUGGCAUAUGGAUCUUAUUCAGUCUGCUGUUCUCUAUAGUGUGAUGACCCUAGUAAGCACUUAUUUGGUAGCCUUUGCAUACAAAAAUGUGAAAUUUGUUCUCAAACACAAAGUAGCACAGAAGAGGGAGGAUGCUGUUUCCAAAGAAGUGACUCGAAAACUUUCCGAAGCUGAUAACAGAAAGAUGUCUCGAAAGGAAAAAGAUGAAAGGUUGGACUUCUGUUAUAAAUUUUUGCAUGGUGAUAGAGGAAUCUUGUGGAAGAAGAACGAAGUUGCUGAUUAUGAAGCUACAACAUUUUCCAUCUUCUAUAACAACACCCUCUUCCUGGUCUUGGUCAUUGUUGCUUCCUUCUUUAUACUGAAGAACUUCAACCCUACAGUGAAUUAUAUUUUGUCCAUAAGCGCUUCAUCAGGCCUCAUCGCCCUCCUGUCUACUGGCUCCAAGUAGACCGUACUGGCUUUGCCCCCUGGCUGUGUAUCUACGGGUUGCCUGUGGUAUAUGGCAACGUAGCAGGGUGGUCAGGGAGAGAGACCCAGACGUUUUUAUAGUCUGCAGUUGGAGGGUUUGAAAAACCCAACAAGAUGUAAUUCAGUAUUUGUUUUUUGGCUCUUUUUUUGACAGACUGUUGAAAUUAAAUGAAUUGAAAGGGAAA